AUUUAUCGAGCCGUCGCUACUCUAUCCGUCCACUCUCGCUCUUCGCCUGCACUACUUACCCCUCUCUCGCCCAUCGGCAUCGUACCCCACACUCCCUUACGCAAUGGCUCACGAGGACGUCAUCCCCACCCUUAUCCUCCUCGGCAUUCUCUACGCCGUCUACCGCUGGAUUUCGGGGCCGAGUACACCACCCGACCCCUUCUCUGGCGUGCGCCGCGACAUGGUCGAGGCAGUCACAUCUGCAUUCCCAAACGAACCCCUCGCCAACAUCGUGUACUCGCUGUCGCGGACGCGGAGCGCGCAAGUCACAAGCGAGCUGCUCCUGGAACGCGGCUCAUUGCCCAACCCUCCGGCCAACUUUGUCAUUCCUAACAGCCUCCGGCCCCCUGUCACCGUCCCACUAACCUCGGCCACGGCAGUAGCCGCCGAAGCGCCCGUGCCGCAGAAGGCGACUUCCCUCAUCGACCGCUAUGGGCUGAGCACCCGCCUCGAGGGCGAGGGCGGCGCUAGCACCGGCAAGUGGGAGGCGACGCGCGAGGGUCGCGAGGCCGACUUGCGCGCACGGAAGGAGCGUAUGAUCCUCGAGGCUCGGCGACGGAUGCUCGAGAAGCAGCAGAAGUCGGCAACGUCCUCGGCUGCAUCGUCGCCAGCCCCCACAUCUGCCACACCUCUGUCUGUAGACAAGUCUGAGUAGCAUCCCGGCUUUGUAGACGCUAUGAUAUUCUAUUCCUACAC